UCAGUACUCAGUUAUCUUCUGGUAAAAGUGUUGACAACAUGACUAUAGCGAAACAAAUUGUGGGUACUCUCAUAGCAUGUCUGCUCAUGAUGAACAUGGGUUUGAUGUACGCGUGGCCGUCCUCCACCAUCCAGCAGUUCGGCUCUAACUCCACCACCCUGGACAGACCCAUGACCGAAAUGGAACAAGCUCUCUUCGGCAGCGUCUUUACCGUCACCGCUCUGGUCAGCACUCCCCUCUCUGGGUUCCUACUGGAAAUGUUCGGGAGGAAGAAGUCAUGCCUAAUAUUCUCUCUACCUCAAGUGGCGGCCUGGCUCAUCAUCAGCUUCAGCUCCAAAGUGGAGGUGGUGUUCGCAGCCGUCUGCAUAUCCGGGAUGUCGACUGGCCUCUUCACCAUCAUCCCCAUAUUCAUCAGCGAGAUCAGCGAGGAGACGGUCCGGGGAACCCUGACUGCGGGGGCCAAUAUCUUCUGGAGUAUGGGGGUGAUGGUCUCCUACAUCUUUGGAUGCCUGGACUACCAGAUGAUGAACUACGCGAAUCUACUCGCCACGACCAUUGGAGCAUUGUUGAUGCUGUAUGUGAAGGAGUCUCCAGUGUUUUUGAUGGGCAAGGGAAGGAAAAAGGAAGCAGCUGAGUCGGUAGCCUUCUACAGAAGCAUAGCAACCGAUACCAAAGAAGUGCAACAUCAGAUGACAGUCAUAAGAAGGGCGUUGAAUCCUCAACUAGACGGCAUUUCGGCAGAAGAAGAAAAACUUAAAGGAGAUUCUGAGACACCUCAGAAACUGUCACGGAUGGAGUUUUUCAAAAAAUCAAAAUCAUCUCGUCUGGCGCUGCUCCUGGUCUGUGCUAUGACCUUCUGUUCGGUGUUUCAAGGCGUGGUAGCGGUCCAGGUGUACGCUCAGCCCAUGUUCGAGGAGGCUCUGCCGGGAGUCUCGGGGAAUGUCACCGGGAUACUAUUUACCUUGGUCGGCACCAUUGCCGGCCUGAUUGCUGUGUACUUCUUGGAUUUGUUCGGAAGAAGGCCUCUCAUCAUCUACCCGUCAAUAGUAGGGGGAGUUAGCUGCCUGCUGCUCGGCUCGCAGAUCCAGUUCCAGUGGGGUCCUGGAUGGAUGACGGGAGUCAUCAUCUUCUUCUACAGUAUUUCGUACACCUUCGGGGGAGGAACGGUGCCAUAUGUGGUGAUAGCUGAGGUGUUCCUGCCAGAGAUCAGGAGUAUCCUUACAAUGGUGACGCUGGAAUGGGCAUGGGUUUGCAAUUUCCUAAUCCUGUUUGUAUACCCUCCGUUGGUGGCAGCAUUGGGACUCGGUGGCAUCUUCUACGUGUUCGCUGCAUCUUGCUUCCUGACGGCCAUCUUGUGCUUCUUCAAUUUACCAGAGACCAACGCACAGACUGUCGACGUCAUCCAGACAUUGUUUUUGCAAAAGAAAUACUAAUUCUUAUGAAAAAUACCAUCAUGUUACUCGUAAUGUUUUAUCUUAUUUAUAAAAAAAAUGAUGUAAG